UGUUCGGUAACUUUCUCUACUACAUAGUUUACAAACAAUCCCUUGUCUCCAUUGAUAAACUACACUUAAAGUCUCAGAUUUGAGGCAUAAGAAUUCGAACUUCUUGUGGCAUUCCUUCAUUUUCAAAGACACUUUUUUAUUGAAGAUUUUAUUUACCAGUAACGCGUCGACUCCAAUGGCUGAUUUUCACUAUGGAGGGACGGACGAGGAGUCUGCUGAGAUCAAGAAGCUCAAUGCCGAAGUUGUAGGUGCAUAAUUACUUCAAUUCAUCGCGCCUCUGCUAAUCACGCUCUUUUAUAGCUUGAAGAUACGGAUAAUUUCGAGAGUUGGGAAAAACUUGUUCGGGCAGCAGAGACGCUGGAAGGAGGGUUGAAUCGCAAUUCAAGUCCACAAGCGAUUGCGACAACUCGGGAUUCCUAUGAUCGCUUCCUUGCCAAAUUUCCCCUGCUAUUUGGAUAUUGGAAGAAGUAUGCAGACCUGGAAUUCUCCAUAGCUGGCACAGAAGCUGCUGAGAUGGUAAAUUGAAGAUAAAUUGUGUCGCAUUGAGCUAUGUGCUGACACACUCUAGGUUUUCGAGAGAGGCAUUGCCAGUAUCGCAACGUCUGUGGACUUAUGGACGGAUUAUUGUUCUUUCAAGGUGGAGACAAGUCAUGAUCCUGAUGUGAUCAGAGAGUAAGUAUAUAAGAUGCUUUCCUUCCCUUAACACAGCAUCUGCAGCAUAAUCAGGCAGCCACUAUGGGCUACGUUAGGAGUUUUCAUGGCUCACAAACGGUGAGAAAUGCCAACAAAAGCUGUUCAUGUUUGACUCUUCUCACCAACAUGACCAGGACAUCUCUUUCUGCUAUCACACGUUCGCUUUUACCCCGUAUCACUCUGCACACAUUGUCGGCAUGAGGAGGAUAUGAAUAUUUGAAUUUAAGCACAUUGCCCUUCCCGUAUUUGCACUCCUUGCCACCUUUCCAUUCCUCCCCUUUUUGGUCUAUGACAUGCAUCUAACAUCCAAAAUUAGGCUUUUCGAGCGUGGAGCUGUCGCAGUCGGAUUAGACUUCCUUGCGCAUCCUUUCUGGGACAAAUAUCUCGAAUUUGAGGACAGAGUUGAAGCCCAUGACAAGAUAUUCGCUAUCCUGAACCGCGUCGUAAAGAUCCCUAUGCAUCAAUAUGCCAGAUAUUUCGAACGCUUUCGCCAAUUAGCUCACACCCGUCCAUUACAAGAGCUUCUCCCUGCCGAACAACUUGAACAAUUCCGCGCGGAUGUUGUCUCCGAAAAUGCCGGUUUCCAGACGGGACCAAAGGGCGAAUUAGAGAUUGAACGCGACAUCAGAACCAAAAUCGAUAAUUUCCAUCUCGAAAUUUUUGCUCGUACACAGACAGAGACCACAAAACGUUGGACGUACGAGUCUGAAAUUAAGCGCCCUUAUUUCCAUGUCACCGAGCUCGAUAACCAACAGCUUGCAAACUGGCGCAAGUAUUUGGACUUUGAAGAGGCUGAGGGUGAUUAUACCCGUGCUAUUUUCUUAUAUGAGAGGUGUUUAGUAACCUGCGCAUUCUACGAUGAGUUCUGGUUUCGCUAUGCCCGGUGGAUGUCAUCAAAGGAGCGCAAGGAAGAAGAGGUCCGAAACAUAUACCAGCGAGCAAGCACACUCUAUGUGCCAAUCAGCAGACCCGGUAUUAGGCUGCAAUACGCUUAUUUCGAGGAGAUGACCGGCCGUGUCGAUGUUGCAAGGGACAUACAUCAAGCCAUUCUGGAUCGCAUGCCUGGUCAUGUGGAGACAAUAAUAUCGUGGGCCAAUCUUGAACGCCGCCACAAAGGCCUUAAUGCCGCAAUUGAAGUAUAUAAAGCACAGAUCGCUUCGGCAGAACUAGAUAUUUACUCAAAAGCUGCUUUUGUUGUUGAGUGGGCUUUCUUGUUGUGGAAGAUCCAAGGAUCAGUUGAUGAGGGUCGUCAAGUUUUCCAGAAGAACAAACAAUGGUAUCCCGAAAGCCGUCAUUUCUGGACUAAGUACGUGGAGUUUGAGUUGGCGCAGCCCACCAAUUCAGCCUCUGAAGCCGAGCAUCACGAAAGGCUUAAGCAAAUCCACAGUGAUAUGAUUAAGACAUCUAUGAGGUUGGAGACCAAGAAGGAAAUCAGCAAUCUAUACUUGGUGUACUUGAGAGAAAGGGGUUCUAAGGAGACCAUGAAGGAAUUUUUGCAGAUUGACCGUGAAUUGAAUGGGUAAGCAUAUCUUUGCGAACAUAUAGCGUACCAUGCUAAUGGACUAUAGUCCUGUAUCAGUUCAACCUGACUACGUCAAAGCUACUGAAUUGGGAAAAGCGACAGAGAACGGAACGAUUCCUGGCGUUGUCGACACUGCUUCUUUAUUGAAAGGCGAAGUCAGAUAUACCACAUACUUCCAACAACGCAAGCAACCAAUGACAGUUGAUCCUCAAGGCCUCGCAUCGUUUCAUUGAAUUGUAACGUUGCGGCUUGUAAGAAGCAUCAGUGUUGUUGUCGGGUCUUGAUGUGUUCGACCAGACGGCGUGUACAAUAGUAUUCUUAUUAGCAUCCUUAUUGGUCCGGGAUGAAUUCCUCGAUGUUCUUUUCUUUAAACCCCUCGAAUGCUGGAUAAAUUAUACCUUAGCCAGCUUGAUGAUUGGAAUGGUGGCCAUUUGGUAAUAUGUGAAGGCUUGUCUCUAUGUCCUCAUUCCCUUUUAUUACCAUGAUAGAUCCAAAAAGCGGUUUUCAUACACGUGUUUUGGAAUUAUAUAUGCAUGCA